AUGUAUUUAUGUAAAGCUCCGUUUGGCCGCCCAUGGUAAUCGUCUUCCCGUCUGUUUUUGUCGCCGAUCCAAGACCAGGCCGAGGGCCGCAUCGUCUCUUUUGCGAUCUGUUUCUAUUCUGCUUCGAAUUCCUUCUCGGAGUGUUUGUUUCUUUGCAGCUGUUGGAAAUGGAAACUGCGAGUAUUGUCCAGCCUUCUUUCGCUGGUUGGUCUCGGCCAUGUAUUCCAACUUCAACCGGGCCCAACUUGGUGCGAUCUGGAUCUAAAUCAUGGGUUUCUACUGCUUGGAGUAAGCAAUAUCUUUCAAUUUCUCAGUUUAAGUUGGGUCAAAGAACGGCACUUGGGAGCAGGAAACCAGCUGUAAUCAGAGCUUCAUCUUCCGAUUCAGCUGAGCCAGCUGCUGCUAUUGCGCCGCUUCAACUGGAGUCUCCAGUUGGACAGUUCCUUUCUCAGAUUCUGAUAAGCCAUCCACAUCUCGUCCCAGCUGCAGUGGAGCAGCAGCUUGAACAGCUUCUAACUGAUCGAGAUGCCGAUAAACAGAAAGAGGAGCCUUCCUCUUCUGGUACAGAUAUUGUUUUGUACAGGAGAAUUGCCGAGGUAAAGGCUAAUGAAAGGAGAAAGGCUCUGGAAGAGAUAAUUUAUGCGUUGAUUGUACAGAAGUUCAUGGAUGCAAAUGUUUCUCUGACACCUGCCAUAAGCCCUUCCUCGUCAGAUCCUUCUGGCCGUGUUGACACCUGGCCCUCCAAUGAUGAGAAACUGGAGCAGCUUCACUCCCCCGAAGCCUAUGAGAUGAUCCAGAACCACUUGGCUCUCAUUCUCGGAAACCGGUUGGGGGAUUCAGCUUCUGUAGCUCAGAUAAGCAAGCUCAGGGUAGGCCAGGUCUAUGCAGCUUCAGUGAUGUACGGAUACUUCCUCAAGCGGGUUGACCAGAGAUUUCAGCUAGAGAAGACGAUGAAGAUACUUCCACAGGGAUUGGAUGAUGAAGACGUUAAUGUUCAGCAGGCCUUGGAAGAGUCAUCGCGAUCCAAUGGUAUGAGCAGCGAGGAGUCAUUCAAAACCGUGCAAUCCCACCCCGAAGUCUCAUCGUGGGCUGGUGAUGUCAGUCCUGGGGGUUUCGGAUAUGGUAUUAAAGCUUCCCGGCUAAGAACCUAUGUCAUGUCAUUCGACGGGGAGACCCUACAGAGGUAUGCAACCAUAAGGUCCAAGGAGUCUGUUGCCAUCAUUGAGAAACACACAGAAGCCUUGUUUGGAAGGCCUGAGAUAGUAAUCACACCUCAAGGGACUGUUGAUUCUUCCAAGGAUGAACUCAUCAAGAUCAGCUUUGGGGGCUUGAGGAGACUUGUUCUGGAGGCUGUGACUUUUGGAUCUUUCCUAUGGGAUGUGGAGAGCUAUGUUGAUUCAAGGUAUCACAUCGUUGCAACAAAUUAAGCUUUUGCUUCUGUUGUCAAGUCCAAGCCAAGGCUGAAUAGAUUGCGGAGGCACAAACUGAUCAACUGCUACUCUAAAUGCCCCAGACUGAAUGAACUUUUGAAAUGCCCAGUAGUUAUCCUGCACUAAUUGCCCUGUGUAUAGUUGUUUUGCCUUUGGUUUUGUGUAUAAGAUAUUUUAAGAGUUAAAAAGUAUUUAUAGAAUGACAUUUGUACUUUUCUAUGUGAA